CCUCCGCACGGACCAUGUUCCAUGCCUUUUUUAGAUCUACCUUACCAGUUCUGCCACUGCUCCUUGUUCUGUCUCCAGUGAAUGCAUCUAGUUGUGCAAUGGGAAAUAAAACAACUGAAAUCCGUGUGAAGUACGAGAAUAUACUAAGUCACGACAUCAAUGAGCUGGUAAAUAUGUCUGCAGAGAAUCGUGACAGGUGCUGCAAGAAUAAAAAAUAUGAAAAAAUCAAAGUAUUUUUCUGCAAUGAUACUGAGGAAAUAGAAUCACUACAGAGCAUGGCGUGCAACAUGCUCAGAUUCUUUAAUAAGCAGAGAAUCAGCAAAGCCUUUAGACAGAAAGCAGCAUUCGUCUCAUGUGGGACAUUACAAGUUCUACAGUGUAAAUGUGAAAGACCUAAAAAAGAAAAGGUUUGCUCACAUGUAUUUAGAAUAGAAGAUACAGAGACAAGUGAACAGUCCAAAAAGAAAUGUAACCAAGAAGUUUGUGAACUGAAAGAAAAUAUAUCUAGCCUUCGAUCCUGCUGGAAUAAAUUUGAAAAAUUAAUUUCCAGGUGAUUCCAGGUGAAUCCUGCUCUUUUCUUUUGAAGUGGCAUUACUUGGUAACUCUGCAUUUUAUAUGCAUUCUUCAAGUAACCUUGCUCGCUUAUAUGAACACUUUAUGCCAGAAUUCUGAUGGAAGGCUACUGUACCUUGUUCCUGGAGAUGACAGAAACAGAAAUGGCUGAACCAAGCUGCUGAAGUCCAAGAAGUGGAACUAGAAGACCAGCAUGUGAAACAAAGAACUCUUCAAAUGUCAGUGUCCGACCUUUGUGCUCUGGAAACUACUCUGAAUUUUAUGAUUUUUCAAGUAACUUUAUAAUACUGUCAUAUGAAAGCAGCCACUUGCAUGUCUACUGGAAUUUCUAAAAAACAUCUUGGAAUCUGCAGGUGAAGAAAGAGUAUGAAAAAGUAGCUGGUUUCUUUAUGUCUAUGCAAAACACACCAAGGACCAAAAGUAACAAUUUACCAAAGCAGCAGCUUAUCUUGGAUAUGUUCUCCUGACACAGAAGUGUUUUUGGUGUGGGUCUGAUGGCUCUGCUAACUGAUUUGGGUUUGGAAAAAGAGGGAAAAAGUUAGCUUUUUGAAAAACUUAGGAAGGGUACUGAUUUUUGAGAGAUGCAGCAUGCUUCUGCUGGCUGAAGCACAGGCAAGACUGAAUCCUGUGGAAUAAGAAAAAGGUGCCUGAAUAUAAGUUGUUCAGUUGACUGGAAACAGCACUACACUCAUUCAUUUGAUCAACCCAGAGUUGGCUGCAGGAGGAGCUAAAAUUCCUUAGCUUCAGAUUGUGAUUUCUCAUAUGCAAUUAUUUUAUGCAACAUGUUUUAAGAUGUUAGGCAAACAUGACUUAAAAUAUGUGAAUAUUGUCAGAGAAUAAUAUAUUGGCAUUUAACUAAUAAAGUGCUCAUAUUUUAUUUUGAAUAAAUAGAAGUAUUUUUAUAGUUACUACUCUU